AUGGGGAAUGAUGGGUUUUGUGAUUGGAGGCAUAUUAAUGAGAGACUAAAAGAGCACGAAGCUAGUGUCGACCAUAUUACCAACAUGAACUCGUGGAAUGAAUUGAGAGUUAGACUGAGCAAGCAUGAAACAAUUGACAAAGAUUUACAGCAACAAAUCACAAAGGAGAAGGAACGCAUAAGGCAAGUUUUGUUAAGAAUUGUUGCCAUUGUGAAAUUUCUUGGUAAGCGCAAUUUGGCUUUUAGAGGAUCCAGUGAGCAACUUUAUGAUAAUACUAAUGGAAAUUUUUUAGCUUGUGUGGAGAUGGUUGCAGAGUUUGAUUUGGUAAUGCAAGACCAUCUUAGGCGUAUUCAAGAUAAAGAGAUCCAUCACCAUUAUCUUAGCCAUAAAAUUCAAAACGAGUUGAUUUCUCUUAUGGCUAGUGACAUUACAAAUUCUAUUCUCAAGAUUGUCAAAGUGGCCAAAUAUUUCUCUGUUAUCCUAGAUUGUACCCCGGAUGUGAGUCAUCAAGAACAAAUGAGUUUGUUGGUUCGAUGUGUUCAUAUAUCUGAUGGAAAAAUACAAAUUGUGGAGUACUUCCUUGCUUUUUUGGUAGUGGAGGACACAUCUGGUUUGGGAAUUUUCAAGGUAUUGGUUGAUUCUAUGAAGUCCUUCGAUCUUAAUAUUGAUGAUAUUAGGGGCCAAGGUUAUGACAAUGGAUCCAACAUGAAAGGAAAAUACAAGGGGGUGCAAAGUCGGUUGCUUGAGGUAAAUCCAAGAGCUUUGUAUAUGCCAUGUGCUUGCCACAGUCUUAAUCUUACCCUUUGUGAUAUGGCUAAAUCUUGUGGUAGAGCUGUUUCUUUUUUUGGAAUUGUGCAACGAAUAUAUGUAUUAUUCAGUGGUUCUACGAAAAGAUGGAAAGUUUUUGUCAGCCAUGUGACAGAUUUGACUGUGAAAUCGUUGAGCAAUACUCGUUGGGAGAGUCGUAUCAAAAGUGUUAAAGCAAUUAGAUUUCAAGCUCCUAACAUAAGAUCAGCUUUACUUGAGUUAAGUGAAGAUAGUGGUACCGAACCCAAGGAUAGGAGUGAUGCAAAAAAUUUGUUUGAUGUGCUUGGCAGCUAUGAGUUCAUACUUGGCAUGGUCAUUUGGCAUGACAUUCUAUUUGCUGUAGAUUCAGUAAGCAGGAAGCUGCAAUCACCAUCCAUGUGCAUUGAGACUGCCUUAAAGCAAAUAGAUGGUAUGAGGACUUAUUUUGACACUUAUAGAGAGGAAGGGUUUGAUUCUAGUGUGAUCAUUGCCAAAGAAAUCGCAGCUGAAAUGGGUGUAGAGCCAUCAUUUCCAGUAAAGCGUCGUGUUUCUAGGAAGAAACAAUUUGAUGAAGAUGACAAUGAUGAAGCGAUAUUGGAAGCUGAGAAGGAUUUUAAAGUCAAUUAUUUUUUGAUUAUGGUUGAUAAGGCGGCCACUUCACUGAAAAUUAGAUUUGACGAACUUGAGUCAUUCAAAAAUAUAUUUGGAUUUUUAAUGAGUUCAACGGCCUUGAAGUCAUUGGACCGUUCUGAACUUAAAGACAGUUGUACAAAAUUUGCAAGUGCUUUCUCUUCGGGUGGUUCAUCUGAUGUUGAUUUAAAUGAUCUGAUUUCUGAGUUAAUUGUUAUGCAGUCAACUUUGCCCGAUAGAACAAUGUCUGCUAUGGAGAUUUUUGAGUUUGCGAGGGAAGCAGAUUGUUAUCCAAAUAUUGCUAUUGCAUACCGGAUUUUCUUUACUAUGCCUGUUACUGUGGCAUCAGCUGAAAGAAGUUUUUCGAAGUUGAAAUUGUUGAAGAACUACUUGAGAUCUACAAUGUCGCAAGAGAGGUUAAAUGGCUUGGCAACUUUAUGCAUCGAGAAAAAUUUGGUUGAUGAAAUUGAUAUUGAUACCAUCGUUAGUGAUUUUGCAUCUCAAAAUGUUAGAAGAAAAUUUUGA